UGUCGGAUGGAGUUCCAGAGUGUGGGCAGAGAGGCUGAAAGCUCAUUCCUGCUGCUGCAUGGGACAAGUUUUGUGACAUGGAAACUAGUUAUCAGAAUCUUUCAGAAUGGCGUUUUUACUGACCUUAAUGUCAAACAGACUUGUUUGGGGUUUUUUUUUUUUUGCUGAUUAAACUCCAGCAGUUUUAUUCGCAUGUGAAAGUAGUUUCACCCCUCCGAGGGAGCGAGUGAUGAGAAUCUUAAUCAGAUUUUGACUCUAUCACAAAAACCUUUCGUAAAAGAGCGCUGUGAAAAAAAAAGCGAAACACUUGAAAUGUAAGCUCCAUAAUGAACCUGAAAGACAAUGAUGGCUGCUAUUUGUUGGUUUAAAUGCGAGGAUAAUCGCCUACUUGCGUCGUAAAAUAGAUGAAUUGAGUUUUGAUCAGCUCGAUGGGAAAAGGGCAUAAAUGGGAAGGCUGGUGCUGUUGGGUCACUGAGCUGAACAGUGGUUUGGGAGAAUCUGGCCGGUGGGCUGCAGAUAGUGACUUGACCUCAGCUGUUGUCUUCCAGGAGAGGUGCUGAGUGGAGAUUUAAUGUUCCUCCGCUGGGAUUGUCAAAUUACCCAGACUGCUCUUAAGCACCUCCCCGUGUAGCAAGUGAGGAGGGUUGGGAGCAAGUCGGGGAGGAAGGGAGGGGGAGUUCGCCUAUGAAAUGUCAGGAGACUGCAGAAAACAAGAUCGUUAAAAACAACUCGUGAGAAAACGCAUUUCUGUUCUCGGACACUCUUUAGAAUACAGAGCAGAGUUUCUGAGCAAAACACCGGUGCUUGAGUUUAAGAAGGUUGACUGUGAUCUGAACUGGAUUUUGUGCCUCCUGUUGAGAUGAUGGUCAGAGAUGCUGGAGGGUUUUGACUAGUUAGAAGAAAAUGGUCAAGAGAUAUCAGUUUUUCCAGUAACUGACGCUCACCAAUUUGACGACAUCAAUCACUUGGCAGCCUUAUGUUUUGAACAGCCCUCAAGUUUUGAAUGCUGCAGAUGUCUGAAUAGUUGAGAUUUCCACUUCUGUGGUUCUGGAUUUCUGGUUGUUCCAGUAUUACUGUCUGCAAUGAGAAGACUGAACAUGUCGCCUGUUAUCUGCUGCAUCCUUCUCCACUUUCUGUUGGCGUCAGCUUUGGGCUCUGUUAUUCCAAGAAUUGCAUUGAAAUACAAUGAAAUAUCAAGGGUGGUGUUUUCUAAAGCUGGAGUGUCAAAUUAUUCGACUCUGCUGCUGAGUGAGAAGCGAGGAAUGCUGUACGUGGGAGCUCGCGAAGUCAUCUUUGCUCUGAAUUUGUCAUAUAUUGCAGAAAAAAUACAUGAGGUGAAUUGGACGGUCUCUGAACAAAAACAGAUUCAGUGUAAAAACAAGGGAAAGUCUAAAGAGACUGAAUGCCUGAACUACAUACGUAUCUUGCAUGAGUUUAAUGAUGAAAAGCUCUAUGUAUGUGGGACGUUUGCAUUUCAACCAACUUGCGAUUAUCUUACCAUUAAAGAUUUCCAACUGCAAGGCCAAAAUAAAGAGAUUAGAGGGCAGUGUCCAUUUGACCCUGCUCAGAGAUACACUUCAGUAAUGGUUGAUGGUGAGCUGUACUCUGGAACAGUCAACAACUUUUUAGGAAGUGAGCCAAUUAUUACACGGGGUCAGUUGCGGACCGAGUAUUUAUUACCCUGGUUAAAUGAGCCAAGUUUUGUUUAUUCGGAUGUGAUAAGAGAGAGUGAAAACAAUCCAGAUGGUGAUGACGACAAAAUCUACUUUUUUUUCAAUGAAGUGGCUGUUGAAUAUGAAUUCAAUGGCAAGCUCAAGAUGCCAAGAAUAGCUCGAGUGUGCAAGGGUGACCAAGGAGGGUCCAGAACAUUGCAGAAGAGAUGGACAUCGUUUCUUAAAGCUAAACUGAUUUGCCAUCUGCCUGAAUCCAAUUUUGUCUUCAACAUCGUCCAUGAUGUUUUUAUUCUGAAAACCCCCAACUGGAAGGAAACUAUAUUUUAUGGUGUGUUCACCUCACAAUGGAGUAACCUGGGAAUGUCCGCGGUCUGUGCCUUUAACAUGUCCAGCGUAGAAGAUGUGUUCUCCAAAGGGAAGUACAUGCAGAGUGCUGCCUUUGAGCAUUCCCACGUGAAGUGGGUUAGAUACAGCGGGCAAGUUCCAACCCCUCGACCUGGCUCAUGCAUGAACAAUGAGGCAAGAGCUCAAAAAAUUAACUCUUCGCUCCAUCUGCCCGACAAAACACUUCAGUUUGUUAAAGACCACCCUCUGAUGGAGGACCCAGUGAACCCCAUUGGAAACGGGCCGAAGUUGGUGAAGAGAAACGUGAACUACAAGCAGAUUGUCGUGGACAGAGUCCGAGCACUUGAUAACAGCCUCAAUGACGUGUUGUUUGUGGCAACAGAUACAGGAUUAUUGCACAAAGCAAUCAAUUAUGACAAUGAAAUGCAUAUAAUUGAAGAAAUCCAGCUUUUUCCCAACUCUGAGCCUGUGCAAACAUUACUUUUGGCAUCCGAAAGGGACAAUAAGUUUCUUCAGGACAAUAAGUUUUUGUAUGCAGGGUCGGAUUCAGGAGUUGUUCAAGUUCCUGUUGCCUUCUGUGAAAAAUACAAAACCUGCACGGAUUGCAUUUUGGCACGAGAUCCCUAUUGUGCCUGGAACCCAGAAAGCAAUUCAUGUAUCUGGGUUAGGAAAGGGGACAUGAGGAAUAGCAACUUGAUGCAGAAUUUGAAAGGAGAUGCAGUUCCAUGUAUAGCCGAAGAUGGGAAAUUUCUUCACACUCCUGAGUUUAAAAUGGAACCUGGAGGUUUUAAAGAGCUGAAGUGCCACCUUGCAUCCAGACUGGCUACAGUAGUUUGGAAGUUCAAUAAUGAGAGUCUGAAUGAUGGCUUAAAAUACCGGCUUUACCGAAAUAAUUUGCUGAUCUUACAACUGUCUAAGAGGGACUCGGGUGUCUAUGAGUGCUGGACAAUGGAGGACGUAAAGGGAAACCGGCAUGAGCACCUGGUGGAAAGGUAUUCUCUGAGCGUAGAGCCUCUAUCUGAGGCUGUAACGGCUCCCCCCACCACAUCUUUUACUCAGGCGGAAGGUAAUUCUGCAACCACUCAGGCAAGCAUAAAUAAAGGAGGAACGGCUUCUCACCCUGUAACAACCCAGAUUCAAACUUCUCUUCCCACUUCAACUAUUAGCACCCUCACAUUUUCUAUCCUUAAGUCUUUAUCUACAGGUAGUUCGCUUUCAAACGCACAAGGUGUACUUGAAGCUUCAAGGGCUCAACAAAGCAAUUCCAUUCUGGUAUUUUUCCUUGUGGUAUUUGCACUUCUUUUCCUAGUGCUGCUUAGUUACAACUGUUACAUGAAGUACCUGCCAGCUUCUUGCCUGAAACUGCGCACUUGCGUAGUUGGUGACGGGAAGAAGCCAGAAUGUGAUUAUGAGAAUGUGUCCGAGGGGCUGGUGAAACAGCAGGCAGUGAAAAUCAAUUCAGAUCACCAAGGUGGAGAGCAGAUGCCUGCUGGUGACAAGGGUUACGAAACUGAAUCAGAUUGUGGGAAUGGCAAGCUUCCAAAUACAGAGAAGCCUCAGGAGCUUAAAGAAAUCCAAGAGAACCACAAAGUCCAGUCUGCUGAGCCUGAGAAAGAUGUAGAUAUUAAAUUCAUUGAUGAUGAAGCACAGAGCCUUUGCUAAUACUAUUAAUAUUACUCAUAGCCAUAUAGAGGCAAUCUAUUGUGAGCAAGAGUGUGGAAGUUGAGGGUUUAGAGAUUUAGAGGUCAUAGUAUGUUAGCUAAAUUUGUCGUUUGUUCAGAAGUUUUGCUUAGUGUUAUUAAAGCUGUUAUCUGAAAGUUAUUAAAGCUGUUAUCUGAAUCUUGCACACUCAACCUGCAUUAUAUUCAGCCAAACAAAAUUGUUUUCAUACAUCUUCAGUUUUCAUUCCAAAUUGGAAAAUAUUAAUUUAUCAAAUUGGUAAAUUUUUCAAAAUACUGUCCAAAUUGGAGCACAAAUUUGUUUCGUAUACUGUAUAUGUGAUUCAUUCCAUGGCUGUUUGUGGGACGUUGCAGUGCACAAACUGGCUGACCCACAAAAUACACAGUCACUCCACUUUACAGAAGGUUUUGCGAAGCGCUUUGAGACAUCUGGAUGCUGUGAUAAGGCGCUAUAUCAAACUCAAAGAUUAUUAUUAUAUUGAUAUUGCACUGAAAGCUUAUGAGUGAUAUUCUGUUAGAAAUAUCUGUAGAUAAUUGCUGCAUCUAAUGUAGGUUGAUGCGUAAGUUGAUACUUUUGUUCAUUGCUAAUAUUCUGCAGACCUCAGGGAACAGUCGAAUAAUAGAUUUCAUGUUUUUUUUAAUUCUCUAAUUGAAAGAAGAAAAAGAAGGGUUAUCUGAAUUUCUGAUUAGAUUUAGAUCCUAAUCUGCUGCAGUGAAACAUAGAGUCCACAAGACUGAUUUAUAGAACUAAUGCCUUUUUUUUAAAACUAGUACCUUACCAUUGGCAGAGUGUUCAUUGCCCAAAUGCUGUUUCUGAGCCACGGCCUUAAUUAUAGGGGCUGCCUGCGUUGAAAGGAUUUUACCUGUGGAAGAUGUUCGACACUUGCUAAGCACUAUCACACUUAUAGUCACAUUGAUACAGCGAUGGAUUUUUAAAGUGGCUGUCAUAGUGAGAGAAAUGAACACAUAAUGGUGGGGGGACGGACAAACUCCCUGCUGCAUUCCUUAAACAAGAAUCUUACAGACUACAUACAUGUUGCAGUUUCUCUCAAGACUUUUUAAAGCCACAUAACAUGGACUCAUGCGACUGACUAGAGCUUUGGAGCCUGUGAUUUGCCGCUAAAAGUACUGAACAAUUUUAGUAGCCUGCUGGACUGCAUACUGAAAAUGUGAGCAACUGGUGCAAUUAACCAGCUUUUUAAUUUGACAUUAAUGUGGCAGCUCUGUAUAUUUGUAUAAUUUGCAUUUCUGUGCAUAACAAUUUUUUUUUGUUGUACACCUUCUUUGUUUGCUAAUAUGUACAUGUGCAGAAAGAAACAGGAUUUUGAAAUUUGAAAGGAAGUUUUUUGUGUAGAGCUAAAUUGAUGUGGUACUUUAAUAGUGUAAACCGGUUCGAAUGUAUGAAAACUUGUAUAUAAAACUAUUUUCUAUUUUUUUAAUUGUGUAAAUAGAAGUCAAAGGUUUCAAUUGUUGAGUGUUUCCCACUUUGUUAAAAUACUAAACAUUUGAAUGAG